GGGGCCUCGCGGCGGAGCCACCCGGCGGGCCGCAGCCGGAGCUCCGAGGGCGCCGGGAGCGCAGGGCGGGAGCGCCGUAGGCGCCGGGACUAUCCCAGCAGCCAGAGCCCAGGGAGCGCAGGGCGGGCACCCUGAGCCCAGGAGCGCAGGGCGGGCACGUAACCAGCGACAGGCUAGCCCAGGAACCCGGACCUGAGCCCAGGGAGCGCAGGGCGGGCACGCAGCAGGCGCCGGGGAACCCGGGAGCGGGACCCUGAGCUCAAAGAGUGCAGGGCGUGCAGACAGCAGGCGCCAGGCGAACCCAGGAGUCAGGACCCUGAGCUCAGAGAGUGCUGAUCGUGCACAUAGUAGGCGGGCGAAACCAGGAUCCCGAGCUCAGGAAAUGCUUCUUGUGCAUGCAGUAGGCGCUAGGGCUAGCCCAGGGGCCCGAGCUCCCCAGAUUCUUGACAUACACAUAGUAGGUUCCAGGACUAAUCUCAAGAUGCCUGGACCCGAGAUCUAAGAGCUCAGUGUGCACAGUAGGUCUCAGGAACUGUUCCUCAGAUUAUGCUUGGUGAUACUUUGCUAAAUUCAUGAAGUAACUUUGGGUUUUGAAAACUUGCAAAUGUGCCUUCACCUCUCCUCUGUCACGGGGGUUUAAUCGCUCCUCUCACGCAGUUGAUGAGAACGGUUGGAUUGUAAUACCCAGAGACUCUGCUUGUGGCGUUGGUGUUUUUGAGGUGGAAGGCUAAUGGGUCCAGUGGCAAGGAGCACUGCUUGAGUGCCGAUUUAUUUCUAACCUUGGGAAAUACCUGCCAGUACUUAGUCCCAGCCAUAUUGGUACUGAAGUGCCCCAGGACAGUUUGUGCAUUUGGAAAGGACCCUGCACAGGCUGAGCAAGGAUGGUGCCUGAAAUCUGUACAGGAACGGUGGAUUGCUCCUGGACUUCAUGGACCUUUGUGUUUGUGUAGCUGGUUGCUUAGAUGGGAUCUUACCACUGAAUGCGGAGAACAUUGACGAUGACUGUCCGACUCCAAACUUCCACAAAUGUGAGAUCUGUCUGCUGUCCUUCCCCAGAGAGGCCCAGUUCCAGCGCCAUAUGAGGGAUCAUGAGCGGAAUGACAAGCCACAUCGGUGUGACCAGUGCCCUCAGACGUUCAACGUGGAGUUCAACCUGACCCUGCAUAAGUGCACCCACAAUGGGGACGACCCGACCUGCCCCGUGUGCAACAAGAAGUUCUCCCGCGUGGCCAGCCUCAAGGCACAUCUCAUGCUGCAUGAGAAGGAAGAGAACCUCAUCUGCUCCGAGUGUGGGGAUGAGUUCACACUGCAGAGCCAGCUGGCCAUCCACCUGGAGGAGCACCGGCGGGAGCUGGCGCACACCCGCAGCCAUACCUGCAAGUCCUGCAGAGAGGAGUUCGAGACCGCCUCGGAGCUGAAGGACCACGUGAAGACGCACUAUAAAGUCAGGGUGUCUGGUACCAGGUCUUAUAAUCGGAACGUUGACAGGAGCGGAUUCACAUAUUCAUGUCCACACUGUGGAAAGACGUUUCAAAAGCCAAGUCAGUUAACUCGACAUAUAAGGAUACACACAGGUGAGAGGCCAUUUAAAUGCAGCGAGUGUGGAAAAGCUUUCAACCAGAAGGGGGCGUUGCAGACACACAUGAUCAAGCAUACUGGCGAGAAGCCCCAUGCCUGUGCCUUUUGCCCCGCUGCCUUUUCUCAGAAAGGGAACCUCCAGUCCCACGUGCAGAGAGUCCACUCAGAGGUCAAGAGUGGGCCUACCUACAACUGCACGGCAUGUAGCUGUGUGUUCAAGAGCCUGGGCAGCUUGAAUACACACAUCAGCAAGAUGCACGUCGGGGGGCCCCCGACUCCCACCAGCUCUGCCGAGACUGCGCACGUUAUUACCGCCACGCUGUUUCAGACCCUUCCUCUGCAGCAGACGGAAACCCAGGCUUCGGCAUCCUCAAGCCAGCAGAAUUCUCAGGCGGUGACAGAUGUCAUCCAGCAGCUUCUGGAACUCUCGGAGCCAGGGCCUGUGGAGUCCCAUCAGCCCCCGCCGCCCGGGCAGCAGCUGAGCAUCACCGUGGGCAUCAACCAGGACAUUCUACAGCAAGCCUUAGAAAACAGUGGGCUGUCUUCACUUCCAGUUGCAGCUCCGCCCAGCGACUGCAGCCACACCAAGACGCCUGCAGGGCCAACUGGGAGCCCUGAUGCCACCAGCGCUUCCCCAGGGCAGGCAGACCCCACGGACACGGGGCAGGAGAAGGGGCCGGAAAGCCCUGAGAAGUUGGAUAAAAAAGAGAAAAAAGCUCUAAAGAAGAAGUCUCCGUUUCUGCCUGGCUCCAUCCGGGAGGAGAACGGCGUGCGGUGGCAUGUGUGUCCCUACUGCACCAAGGAGUUCCGGAAGCCCAGCGACCUGGUGCGCCACAUCCGCAUCCACACCCACGAGAAGCCCUUCAAGUGCCCGCAGUGCUUCCGCGCCUUCGCGGUGAAGAGCACGCUGACGGCGCACAUCAAGACGCACACGGGCAUCAAGGCCUUCAAGUGCCAGUACUGCAUGAAGAGCUUCUCCACCUCAGGGAGCCUCAAGGUGCACAUCCGCCUGCACACAGGAGUUAGACCUUUUGCUUGUCCUCACUGUGACAAAAAGUUCCGCACCUCAGGCCAUAGGAAGACCCACAUUGCUUCCCACUUCAAACACACGGAGUUGCGGAAGAUGAGGCACCAGCGCAAGCCUGCCAAGGUCCGCAUGGGCCGGGCCAGUGCUCCGGUCCCCGACAUCCCUCUGCAGGAGCCGAUUCUCAUAACUGACUUGGGUCUUAUCCAGCCCAUUCCAAGAAACCAGUUUUUCCAAAGUUAUUUUAAUAAUAAUUUUGUAAAUGAAGCAGAUCGACCAUACAAAUGUUUUUACUGUCAUCGCGCAUAUAAGAAGUCCUGCCAUCUUAAACAACACAUCAGGUCGCACACAGGGGAAAAGCCUUUCAAGUGCUCUCAGUGCGGAAGAGGCUUUGUGUCCGCAGGCGUGCUCAAGGCGCACGUGCGGACGCACACGGGCCUCAAGUCCUUCAAGUGUCUGGUCUGCAACGGGGCCUUCACCACCGGCGGGAGCUUGCGCAGACACAUGGGGAUUCACAAUGACCUCCGGCCCUACAUGUGCCCCUACUGCCAGAAGACCUUUAAGACCUCGCUCAACUGCAAGAAGCACAUGAAAACCCACAGAUACGAACUUGCCCAGCAGCUGCAGCAGCACCAGCAGGCGGCCUCAGAGGGCGACGGCACCGAGGACCAGCCUGGCAUGCAGGUGUCAGCUCCCAUGCCGGUGGAGAUGGAGGGUGCGGCGCUGCAGCAGGCUCCCGAGCCCGUCGCGGCUGACCCCGAGGCCAUGCUGGACCUGGGGUCGCAGCACGUGGUGGGCACAGAAGAGGCGGCCCUGGGGCCACAGCUGACGGAUCAGCCUUUGGAAGCGGACGAAGAUGGGUUUGCAGGUGCCCAGGGCCCUCUCCCAGGGCACAUGGACCAGUUUGGAGAGCCGACUCCUACGCAGCAGUCCUUUGAGCCAUCAGGGCUGUCUCAAGGUUUCACAGUGACGGAUACAUACAAUCAACAGACUCAGUUUCCACCUGUGCAACAACUACAAGAUUCCAGUACUCUUGAGUCGCAAGCACUGUCCACGAGUUUCCACCAGCAGAACUUGCUGCAGGUCCCAAGCUCCGACACGAUGAACGUAGCAGCGCGCUUGAUUCAGGAGAGUUCCCAGGAGGAGCUGGACCUGCAGACGCAGCGCCCCCAGUUCCUGGAGGACGGCGAGGACCAGAGCCGUCGCUCCUACAGGUGUGACUACUGCAGCAAGGGCUUCAAGAAGUCCAGCCACCUGAAGCAGCACGUGCGGUCCCACACCGGGGAGAAGCCCUACAAGUGCAAGCUCUGCGGGCGCGGCUUCGUCUCCUCCGGCGUCCUCAGGUCCCACGAGAAGACACACACAGGGGUGAAGGCGUUCAGCUGCAGCAUCUGUAGCGCCUCGUUCACCACCAACGGCAGCCUCACGCGUCACAUGGCCACGCACAUGAGCAUGCGGCCCUACAAGUGUCCCUUCUGUGACGAGGGCUUCCGCACCGCCAUUCACUGUAAGAAGCACAUGAAGAGGCACCAGCCGGUCCCCUCUGCUGCGUCGGCAGCUGCAGAGACCGAGGGAGGAGAUAUGUGCUUGGAGGAAGAGGAAGAGAACCCAGACAGAAGUGCCUCCAGGAAGUCUCGUCCCGAGGUCAUCACCUUCACGGAGGAGGAGACGGCCCAACUGGCCAAGAUCCGGCCGCAGGAGAGUGCCACAGUGUCCGAGAAGGUCCUGGUGCAGUCGGCUGCAGAGAAGGACCGCAUAAGCGAGAUGAAGGACAAGCACGCGGAGCUCGAGGCCGAGCCUAAGCAUGCCAACUGCUGCAGCUACUGCCCCAAGAGCUUCAAGAAGCCCAGCGACCUGGUGAGGCAUGUUCGAAUCCACACUGGAGAAAAGCCGUACAAGUGUGAGGAGUGUGGGAAGAGCUUCACGGUCAAGUCCACUCUGGAUUGCCACGUGAAGACCCACACAGGUCAGAAGCUCUUCAGCUGCCACGUGUGUAGCAACGCCUUCUCCACCAAGGGCAGCCUGAAGGUGCACAUGCGUCUGCACACGGGAGCGAAGCCUUUCAAGUGCCCUCACUGCGAGCUCCGCUUCCGCACCUCGGGCCGCAGGAAGACGCACAUGCAGUUCCACUACAAACCAGACCCGAAGAAGGUCAGAAAGCCCGCGGCACGCAGCUCGCCAGAGGGACUGCAGCCGGCCAACCUGCUGGGCUCCUCCUCCACGGACCCUAACGUGUUCAUCAUGAACAACUCCGUGCUAACAGGGCAGUUCGACCAGAAUCUGCAGAAUCUGCAAGGACUGGUGGGCCAGGCUAUUCUGCCUGCCUCGGUGUCGGCUGGUGGUGACCUGACGGUGUCUUUGACGGAUGGGAGCCUGGCCACCCUGGAAGGCAUCCAGUUACAGCUGGCUGCCAACUUGGUUGGGCCAAAUGUUCAAAUUUCCGGAAUCGAUGCCUCCAAUAUCAACAACAUCACGUUGCAGAUCGAUCCCAGUAUUUUGCAGCAGACGCUGCAGCAGGGCAACCUGCUCACGCAGCCGCUCUCGGGGGAGCCUGGCGCGGCCCCACAGAACAGCUCUCUGCAGACCCCGGACAGCACGGUGCCCGCCAGUGUCGUCAUUCAGCCCAUCUCAGGCCUGUCCUUGCAGCCCACAGUGACGUCUGCCAAUCUGACCAUCAGCCCACUGUCUGAGCAGGAUUCCGUGCUGACCACCAGCAGCAGUGGGACCCAGGACCUCACUCAAGUGAUGACUUCGCAAGGUCUUGUGUCCACGUCCACGGGCCCACACGAGAUCACCCUGACCAUCAACAACUCGAGUCUCAGCCAGGUCUUGGCCCAGGCGGCGGGUCCCACAGCCACGUCGUCCUCGGGGUCUCCACAGGAGAUCACCCUGACUAUCUCUGAGCUCAGUCCCUCCAGUGGGAACCUGCCUUCAACAGCACCAGUGUCGCCGUCGGCCAUCUCCACUCAGAACCUGGUCAUGUCUUCGUCAGGCGUGGGAGGAGAUGCCAGUGUCACGCUGACCCUGGCCGAUACUCAGGGCGUGCUGUCGGGAGGCCUGGACACAGUCACACUGAACAUCACCUCUCAGGGCCAGCAGUUCCCGGCGCUGCUCGCGGAUCCCUCUCUCUCGGGCCCAGGUGGCGCAAGCUCGCCGCAAGUCAUACUAGUGAGCCACACCCCGCAGUCUUCGUCAGGCGCCUGCGAGGAGAUCGCCUACCAGGUGGCCGAUGUCUCCGCCCUGGCCCCCGGCAGCCAGCCUGAGAAGGACGGCCCCGCACACCAGUGCCUGGAGUGCGAGUGCAGCUUCCCCUCGGCCGCCGUGCUGAUGCGCCACAGCAAGGAGGCCCACGGCAAGGCGCGCAUCCACGGCUGCCGCGUCUGCAGGAAGGCCUUCAAGCGCGCCACGCACCUCAAGGAGCACAUGCUGACGCACCAGGCUGGCCCUUCCUUGAGCUCUCAGAAGCCCAGAGUGUUCAAGUGUGACACUUGUGACAAGGCGUUUGCCAAGCCAAGCCAGCUGGAGCGACACAGCCGCAUCCACACAGGAGAGCGUCCGUUCCGCUGCACGCUCUGUGAGAAGGCCUUCAAUCAGAAGAGCGCCCUGCAGGUGCACAUGAAGAAGCACACCGGGGAGCGGCCCUACAAGUGUGCCUACUGCGUCAUGGGCUUCUCGCAGAAGAGCAACAUGAAGCUGCACGUGAAGCGGGCCCACAGCUUCGCAGGGACCUUGCAGGGCACAGCUGCUGCCCCGCAGCAGGAUGGGGAGGAGCUGAGGACCUUGCACCUGGAGGAGGUCGUGCAGGACGCUGCGGGCGAGUGGCAGACCCUCACCAACGUGUUCUGACGCAGCCGAGGGUACCUGGGGCUCCUGAAGCUACCGGUGAAGAACACAGUGCUCGGAAUCUCUGUUUUGAAGCUUCAAGAGUUGAAAAUGUACCACGAUAGUUUUUUAGCUAUAAAAUUAUUUAAAGAAUCAUUGUCUUUCAGAGACUUAGAGGAAAAAACUGGGAAAAAUGUAAACAUGUUCUCAUUUGUCCACGAAUCACUGAACUCAGGUACUACAACAGUCAGCGUCACGCUCUCCAUGGCCAGUGUAUCCAGUUAAAAAGAAAUUAACUGGAUCUUACUAUCAUUGUAGUGUGAUUUCUUUGUAUUAGCAAAGACAAAAGUCAACAUGGAAAAAGUAUGUAAGAUUUUCCUUCAUGCUUUCUGUUCUAAGAAGCAUCGCUUACAAAACAAACCUAAGAUAGGUGCGUGAAGUUGAGAAGAAUGUCGUAACACGCAGGGAGGUCCCUCUCGUUUUCCUCUGUGCAUUUUGAAAGUCAGUAGUAGGCAUCUCUUUCUAGCCUGUCCUACGUGAAUACAGCUGACACCUGAGAGAUGGCUGGACCACCUCUCCCUCACGGGCAUCUGGUCACCAGCUGGAAGAGCCAGGGUCUGGGGCACCAGCAGGGAGAGGAGGAAACCCGGCCCUAGCCGGAUCAGCCGCCCACAGGUGGUGACAGACCUGCCGUGUGCGUCUGCUUAGGCACAGGGCCCGGCCGCUGCGGAAGCUUGAGCCACAGGCUACAGGAGGAAGUGGCAGGAUGGCCUCCUGGAAACAGGUCAUGGCCACGCUGUCUCCACAGGAGGCUUGUUUGCAGGUUAAGGGUGAGAACCCCCAGGACCCCAUGAUUCCUCUUCAUGCAUAAAGAGAUGUGUCUUUUAUUUCAGGGAAUUCUUUAGUGUCCUCAAUGGUGCCCGCUAGACACGUCCCCACAAGCCCCACCCAGCUGGGGCACAGCGCGGACGUGGUGUCCGCAGCAUUCCCAAGGCCGGGGCUCUCCGCUCCGUGUUGGUUCCCUUUGGGUUAUUUAUAUGUUCUAUAUAUAAAUACUAUGUACAUAGGUAUGGGCCUCUGUGUGGCUGAGCAGUAUAUUUUGUAAAUAGAGCACUAGUCCCUGUCCCGGUGCGCGCCCAGGCUCCCCCAGGAGCUCUUCGCCCGCGUUCACGUUGUUAAUAAAUGGAUACCUUUCCCUCUGUAACACAAAGCUGGGUUUCAUUUUUUCUGAAAGAUAAUUGUCUUUGUUUUUCUCUCUGCCUCCCUGGCUCCAGAGGAGAGUUGUUUCGUUGUAAAUAUCGUGUGGACUUUGUAUAUCGAGAGGAGUCGCUCAGACUCCGGAAGAGAGACGUUCCACUGUUACUCUGCAAGGGCAUCUUCUGGCAUUGUCGCUCACUUGUGUGUCUGUAUAUAAGUGAUAUUGCGCUGACGUGAAGACUUUUGUUAUGUGAAAAUAUUUAAGUCAGAAAACUGUUGAAUAAUAUUACCUUUUUCCCCCAAACUACUUUGUGUAUUGUAUAUUUUUUUAAGAAAAGAGAAGCCUUAUUUGACCUCUUGUGAAGCUGGACUUGUGAACCCUGCGGCCCCAGAGGCCAUCCUGCUCACUGGGCGGCAGCAUUUUCAGAAAAACUGUAACUGCAAGAGUUUUAAAGGCUCUGCUUUUAAUGCACUUUUUCUUUUAUAAUUUUGUAUUAAAAUAUUUUAGAUAUGUUGAUUAAUUUUAGUGAACAAAUGUCCCCAAAGUUGAAAUUAUUGGAAUUUAAAGUUUUUGUUCUUGCUGGUUUAUUUAUUUUGCUUUUAGCAUUAAAUGUCAUCUCAGGACAUCUCCAAAAGGGGGUGUGUAGUUCCUAGUUGUGUAGAGAGCAGAGUAUAGUGACUGUAUGGUUCAUUGCUGUUUAAGUAAGGCCUUACCACGUUAAUCUGAAGCCUACUUUUAUUUUGGUUAAAGAAAAAGAAAAAAAUUAUCAAUAAUCCAUUCUGUGUCUUUUCUCAGUUUAUUAGCAGGCAAACACAAGAUGUGUAUGUAUUAUUUGGGUUUACUUUUUAAUCAUAAAAGCUGCUGCUUUGCAAAACAUUCCUUGAAAAUACAAGGUUUUGAAAUGA